CUAAUGCAUUAGGGGAGGAUGAAACUACAGGUGUUUUCCGCAAGUCAUUCCACUGAACCCUCGGCGGAGUUCUGCAGUAACGGCUCUAUACCCGUUGAAGAGGAGCUGGGCUCAGAUGGGGACAUCGCUCCCAACAGCCCUCCCCAGGUGCCUAUUACUGAGCCAGACGCGGCAAAAACGAACAAGUCCUACACACGCCGCCCAAAGCCACCAUACUCCUACAUCGCAUUAAUUGCUAUGGCAAUCCGGGACUCAUCUACCGGUCGCCUGACGCUCGCCGAAAUCAAUGACUACUUGAUGAAAAAGUUUCCAUUCUUUCGCGGGAGCUACACUGGCUGGCGAAACUCGGUGCGCCACAACUUGUCCCUCAACGACUGUUUCUUGAAGGUGCUGCGCGAACCGGCGCGUCCAUGGGGCAAGGACAACUACUGGAUGCUCAACCCACACAGUGAGUACACUUUUGCCGACGGGGUGUUCCGUCGGAGGCGAAAACGCAUAGUGGGCAAGAAAAGAAGCCUCGAUGACCCAGGGAGCCCUGAAAAUGCUUGUGAUCGAACACGUGUGCCGGCGGCAGCAAUGCGCAAUGAGGGUAGGUUCACCGGCCCGUUCGCCAUUGACAGCAUCCUCAGCACCCCUGUUAAACAGAGUCGCCGAGAUGAAAUCAAACUGGACAGCAGAUCCAGACUUGGCAACGGAUUUCAAUGGACUCAGGUGCAGCAACUGCCACAUGUCAUGACUUAUCUCGCUCCCACCGCCUCGACCACAGAUCCAUAUAUCUCUACUAACGCGGGCGGGGUUCCGUGGUCAGACAUGUCCGAAGUUCCGAGGAACAAUUCUUCUCACAUGACGUCAGAGGGAUUCCCUCCGUCUGAUUCCAGGAUACAGGCGGCCGCCUGCCGCACCAGCAGCCAGUUCUCUUUCAGAAUAGACUCCCUCUUAUCCUAAGAUGAGUUUUCAGUCGAACGGGCAUAAUAAGUACUUACUGAAUUGUGACCUGGAAAGAACAAAAAGUCUGUAAUGGGCCUAUGUGCAAAUAGUUGUGGUAGUUGUGUGAGUUGAGUUUGUGCAUGAGCCUUCAAG